CGUUAUUUUUUAUCUUUUUUUUUUAUUUAAAAAAAUAGUAAACUUAUAAACAUGUCACGUAAACUUGUUACGAGAGCUUUCAGUAAAUUUAAAACUAAAGAACCUAAAGAAGUCAAAGAUAACGAUGUUAUUAUUUACGUUGGAAAAGAACCAGAUUUUAAAGAAUUUCAAUCGAAUUCUAAAAUUAUGCGUAGUAAAUCUGAUUAUUUUAAAAGAAUUUUAUCCGAUAAAAAUAUUGAGAAAAAAGAUGAAAAAUAUGUAAUAAAGAUACCAGAUGCCACCCCUCAAGUCUUUAAUGUUAUUAUUAAGUAUCUUUCUACUGGGAAAAUUAACGUAAAAAAUAAAACUGGAAUUGAGAUUUUAAACGUUAUGAUCACUUCUGAUGAAUUAAAGUUGAACCAGUUAAUUAGGCAUAUUGAAGAUUCUCUUAUUGAAAAUCAAAAUUUCUUACAAGAUGAUCCAGUUGAAGUUCUUCAAAUGGUUUAUUACAAUAAAUCUCUUGGUAAUAAUAUACAAGAAUUUUGUUUAAAAUCGAUUUGUUUUGAACCUAAAAAUUUCUUUAACUCUGCCAAGUUUGUCAAUUUACCUGCUCCUUUAUUGGAAAUUAUUUUGAACCGAGAUGAUUUAAACUUGAUUGAAAUUAAAAUUUGGGAAAAUUUAAUUAAAUGGGGUUUAGCACAAGAAAAAACUCUUAACGAAGAUGUUUCUAAAUGGAAUCAAGAUAAUUUCAAUACUUUUGAAAAAAUAAUUCAUAAAUUUAUACCAUUAAUUAGAUUUUAUGAUAUUUCUUCUGAAGAUUAUUUUUAUAAAGUUAGACCUCUCGAGAAAAUUUUACCAAAAGAAAUUAAAGGAGAAAUUUUAAAAUUUUACAUGAUUCCUGGAUAUACACCAAAUAAUAUUUUAUUAAGAAAUUCCGUUGAUUCAGUUUUAAUUAAUACAAAACAUACUUUAUUAUUUGCAAAUUGGAUUGAUAGGAAAAAGGGAAAGGUUAACUAUAAAUUAAUUCUUUUAUAUAGAGCUAGCAGAGAUGGUAAUAGUGCUGAAGAAUUUCAUACUAGAUGUGAUAACAAGGGAGCUACUAUAGUUGUAGUAAAGAUUGAAAAUUCAGAACAAAUAGUUGGCGGAUAUAAUUCACUUUUAUGGAAUUCAAGUGGUGAAAAUAUGUCUACAAAAGAUAAUUUUAUAUUUUCAUUUACUGAUAAAACUAACCUACAGAGUGCAAAAGUAGUUUAUAGUAAUGGUGAUCAAUAUUCUGUAAGAUAUCUUUCAAAUUAUGGUCCAGCAUUUGGUAAUUUUGAUUUAUAUGUUGAUUAUAAUAUUGCUACUAAUAUUUGGUAUAGUCGUGUAAGUUCUUAUCCUACACUUAAUUUACCAAACACGAUGAAAGUAGUUGAUUAUGAAGUAUUUCGAGUAAUUAAAAAUUAAUACUAUCAUAUUUGUUUUCAUAAGGUUUUUUGUAAUUAAUAUUAUCAUUAUUAUUUAUUUUCAAAGAAUAAAUUUUUUUAUUAUAAAUUU